UUCGUAUUUAUUAUAGAAAUAAAAAUGAAAUUUGUUUUCCUCAUUAUUUCUUUAGGCGUUGUCUGCGAAGCUUUUUCAGCCUCCCAUCGUCAUCAUAUUAAGAAACAUCACCAUCAACUUCGUGACGGUGACCCCACAUCGACUGAAAUUUCUUCUGAUUCUCCCACUGAAACUACAACUUCACAAAUUUAUCCACCUAUAUUAGGACCAGGACCCGUUCUUUUAUGCCAUUGUGGAGUUAUUUGUAGAAUUGAACCUGUUCCAAUUGAAAUAACUGAAACGACUGAAACAAUUUACACAGCUCCAACAGAAACUUCUCAGAGAAAACGACAUAUGUUUCAUAAUAAGAAGAUUUUCAAUGCUGCUAAUAAAAAACAUCAUCAUGCUGUUAGAAAUGAUAUAAAGAAAAGAUAUGUUCGACAUUAUUGUUUUUGCCGUCGCUGUCCUAAAUCAACUACAACAAAACAACCAGAUGUAUCAACAAUUUCACAAGAACCAACAGUGGUAAAUCCUGGACCAAGUUAUUUUAUUUAAUUAUUUAUUAAAUGAAUCUACGUGAUAAAAAAACAUCAAACAUCAUUGAAAUGUUAUUGAUUUAUUGUAUUAAAUCUUCAAAAUAAAGAUUAAAGAUUUUCUUAGCCAC